AAAGAAUUAUACAUUUGGUCACGACUGAGUCACGAGAAUGUUCUACCUCUUCAAGGCUUUGCAUUGGAUAAAGGGUUUCCUAUCGUGAUCUCAGAAUGGAUGGCGAAUGGAACGCUCCGGGAAUAUUUAAAGAAGCAUCCUGGUUGUAGUGUCGAGGAUAUGAUAUUGGGAAUCACUAAUGGUGUCGAUUAUUUGCAUAAGCAGAAUGUGGUCCAUUCUGACCUUAAAGCAGACAAUGUAUUAAUCAAUAGGGACGGGCACCCUGUAAUAUGCGAUUUUGGUAUCUCUCGGAUGGUGUCAGCCACAGCAGCAUUUGCUGCAACAACUUCGGGAGGGUUUAAGGGAUCAGUGCGAUGGAUGGCACGUGAGCUCAUUCUUAACGGACAUCACACACGAGAGUCGGAUGUGUGGGCUUUUGGUAUGACUGCAUACGUAGGUUGUCACACUGAGUGUCUGUGUGCUUGA